AUGUGUCACCAGGCGGCGUGGGGCAUGUGUCACCAGGCCUGGGGCAUGUGUCACCAGGCGGCGUGGGGCAUGUGUCACCAGGCCUGGGGCAUGUGUCACCAGGCGGCGUGGGGCAUGUGUCACCAGGCGGCGGGCAUGUGUCACCAGGCGGCGUGGGGCAUGUGUCACCAGGCCUGGGGCAUGUGUCACCAGGCGGCGUGGGGCAUGUGUCACCAGGCGGCGUGGGGCAUGUGUCACCAGGCGGCGUGGGGCAUGUGUCACCAGGCCUGGGGCAUGUGUCACCAGGCCUGGGGCAUGUGUCACCAGGCGGCGUGGGGCAUGUGUCACCAGGCGGCGUGGGGCAUGUGUCACCAGGCCUGGGGCAUGUGUCACCAGGCGGCGUGGGGCAUGUGUCACCAGGCGGCGUGGGGCAUGUGUCACCAGGCGGCGUGGGGCAUGUGUCACCAGGCCUGGGGCAUGUGUCACCAGGCCUGGGGCAUGUGUCACCAGGCGGCGUGGGGCAUGUGUCACCAGGCCUGGGGCAUGUGUCACCAGGCGGCGGGCAUGUGUCACCAGGCGGCGUGGGGCAUGUGUCACCAGGCCUGGGGCAUGUGUCACCAGGCGUGGAGCAUGUGUCACCAGGCGGACAUGUGUCACCAGGCCUGGGGCAUGUGUCACCAGGCAGGCAUGGAAGGCGGCCACCAGUCCCGGUUCAGCUGGCUCAUCUAA